GCCUCCCUCUGAAUCCAUCGCCGAGCUACGGAUUGCGGCGGCCAUCGACUCCCUCGGCUUGCCCUGCCGCCCCCGUCCCACGCACAUCCCGGUGCCGCUCCCGGUCCCGGCCGGGGGAUGUAGGAGAACGCGCGGCCGAAGGUACACGGGCAGCGCCGCCGCCACAUCUCCCGGUGCGGACGCCUAUCGCCUGCAAGGGCGGGCGCAGCCGCCGCCGCGGCCGUGUGGCUGCAGGCGCUCCUCGGGGAGCCCGGGAAGGGGCACGGCUGUUCCCCGCCUGCCCCCUCGUCGCCGGUGCCGCCCGGCUCUCCGUGCCCUUAGCGUGUGCCUGCCCGUCCCGCGGGGCCAUGGAGCGCGCGUUCACGCCGCUGGAAUGCCUCCUGCCCGCCGGGAACCUGAAGUUUUGCCUUCUGAUUCUGAACCAGCCUUUCAACAAAGAUCAUUUUCAUUGCCUGUGGAGCAGAGCUGCCCUAAGAGCUUGUGCUGAUGGGGGUGCCAAUCAUCUCUACUACAUCACAGAAGGGAGCCAGGAAAGCUUCUUGCCUGAUUACAUCAGUGGUGAUUUUGAUUCCAUUCAGCCUGAAGUCAAGGAGUACUACAAGGUCAAGGGAUGUGAGUUAAUUGAGACCAUGGAUCAGGACCUCACAGAUUUCACCAAGUGCCUUCAAAUACUCCAGAAAAAGAUAGAGAAGAAGAGCCUCCAGAUCGAUGUGAUCGUGACUUUGGGUGGACUUGGAGGACGCUUUGACCAAACAAUGGCAUCAGUGGAAACACUUUUUCAUGCAACAAAUAUCACUCCUUCUCCAGUGAUAGUUAUCCAGGAGUGCUCGCUGAUUUACCUGCUUCAACCUGGCAAGCACAAGCUGCAUGUGGACACAGGACUGGAGGGCUCCUGGUGUGGCCUCAUCCCCAUCGGGAACCCCUGCGAGAGUGUGACCACGAGAGGCCUUAGGUGGAACCUCACUAACCAGGUGCUGAAAUUUGGAACACUCGUCAGUACUUCCAACACUUAUGACAACUCUGGGAUUGUGACCAUUGAGACAGACAAACCUUUGCUGUGGACAAUGGCUAUCAAGAGAUAAGAUCAGCUACAGCUGCCUUUUCUGAUCUGACACAAAAUUUCACUGAAUUAAGACAGUAAAGCUGUUGCAAGAUAUAAGCAGGCACUGAUUUUCUGUAUUGAAUGAAAAACAAGUCUGAAAUAAGUCACUUGAGAUUGAAUCAAAAUUACUUGCAGUAAUAGAGGACUUCAUUCUGGUAAAUCACAUUACUUAAUCAGAAGAUGCAUGAGCAGCCACUCAGUACAACCACAAACCAAAAUGAAUGUAAGGAAACUGCUGCUGCUUAUCUGGUUAGUUCAGGUACAAAGUAUUUCAUUCCAAUAAACUAUUUUUCUCCUCCUGCUAAAAGGAAAUACAGUACCCAGUUGCACAUAGUAUAACUGUAUUACAAGGUAAUAGCACUAAAAUUACUAAUCUCAUUUUUCUGUCCUGGUUUGUAACAUACGUAGGUGCUGGUGAAGAUUUCUCAAGAAUAAUUGAAGUUUACUACUUAGGAAGCAAAUUAGUGUACUGAAGAUGCUGUAAUACCAGUAUCAGAUCUCCCAGAAUUAAGUGCUUUUAAAGUCUGUUUAGACUCUAGAACAGAACAUUGUACCUUCUGCAAAUACCAAAUGUUUACAGUAAGAUUUCUGAAGUGAAUUAAAUGUCUUAGUCUCAAUCUGAGGAGGAAGAGCAUUGCAUCUACAGAGUUUUUGCAAGCUUAGUUGUUAAAAUCAAAAUAGGCAAUUAUUUAAAGUAAUGGAAACUUCCAGGUCAACCUGCUGGGGCCUUUAUGAUUCUAAGUACAGAACAGGAUCCAAAAUGGGUUUAUAUCCUAACCAACAGCGCGAGCAAGUUGUGGAUUUGCUGAAGGACUGUUUAGUGUCUCUAAAUUAAACUAAAUUAUCCUAAAAUAGUACAUCUCAAUUAUCAGUUGGGUUUGAGGUUUUAAAUUAUGCCAUCAGAAUAAGGACUGGUAACGCAAUUUGUUGGUUUCUUUGGGGUUUUUUCCUGUCAUAUACAUACCAUGACCUAGCAUGACUUCCAAAUGCAGAAAGGAAUUACUGAUAAUUAUGGUGAUUCCAGAAAUUAGUGACAGGAAUUCCCAUCUACUUUUACAAUACCAUGUGAAAGGAUACAGAAAUGCUGUUUUCUUGCAGUCUGCUUUUGCUGGAACAAUGCUGUUCCAAAGCUUAAUUUACUGCUUUGUAAACAGCUCCUGAAGACAGGUCAUACAGCUGUCCCCCUUGGAAGCUUUCAGUAUUUGACUGGAGAAAACCUUAGGCAAACUCAUCAGAAUCCAACACUGACCCAGCUUCAAGCAGAACAUUGGACUAGAGAUCUUCCAAGCUUCCUUCCCACCUGAAUGAUUCU